AUGUGUGAUUUGGCUAGGAUGACUAGCGCUCAGUGCUUCUCCUUGAAGCACUCCUUCAGUCACUUUAAAGCUGUCCGAGUAAUUAUUUCCUAUUCUGACUCUGACAUUGGCAUGAAUAAUAAUAAUAAUAAUAAUAAUAAUAAUAAUAAUAAUAAUAAUAAUAAUAAUAAUAAUAAUAAUAAUAAUAAUAAUAAUAAUAAUAAUAAUAAUAAUAAUAAUAAUAAUAAUAAUAAUAAUAAUAAUAAUAAUAAUAAUAAUAAUAAUAAUAAUAAUAAUAAUAAUAAUAAUAAUAAUAAUAAUAAUAAUAAUAAUAAUAAUAAUAAUAAUAAUAAUAAUAAUAAUAAUAAUAAUAAUAAUAAUAAUAAUAAUAAUGAUAAUAAUAAUAAUAAUAAUAAUAAUAAUAAUAAUGAUAAUAAUAAUAAUAAUAAUAAUAAUAAUAAUAAUAAUAAUAAUAAUAAUAAUAAUAAUAAUAAUAAUAAUAAUAAUAAUAAUAAUAAUAAUAAUAAUAAUGAUAAUAAUAAUAAUAAUAAUAAUAAUAAUAAUAAUGAUAAUAAUAAUAAUAAUAAUAAUAAUAAUAAUAAUAAUAAUAAUAAUAAUAAUAAUAAUAAUAAUAAUAAUAAUAAUAAUAAUAAUAAUAAUAAUAAUAAUAAUAAUAAUAAUAAUAAUAAUAAUAAUAAUAAUAAUAAUAAUAAUAAUAAUAAUAAUAAUAAUAAUAAUAAUAAUAAUAAUAAUAAUAAUAAUAAUAAUAAUAAUAAUAAUAAUAAUAAUAAUAAUAAUAAUAAUAAUAAUAAUAAUAAUAAUAAUAAUAAUAAUAAUAAUAAUAAUAAUAAUAAUAAUCAUAAUAAUAAUAAUAAUAAUAAUAAUAAUAAUAAUAAUAAUAAUAAUAAUAAUAAUAAUAAUAAUAAUAAUAAUAAUAAUAAUAAUAAUAAUAAUAAUAAUAAUAAUAAUAAUAAUAAUAAUAAUAAUAAUAAUAAUAAUAAUAAUAAUAAUAAUAAUAAUAAUAAUAAUAAUAAUAAUAAUAAUAAUAAUAAUAAUAAUAAUAAUAAUAAUAAUAAUAAUAAUAAUAAUAAUAAUAAUAAUAAUAAUAAUAAUAAUAAUAAUAAUAAUAAUAAUAAUAAUAAUAAUAAUAAUAAUAAUAAUAAUAAUAAUAAUAAUAAUAAUAAUAAUAAUAAUAAUAAUAAUAAUAAUAAUAAUAAUAAUAAUAAUAAUAAUAAUAAUAAUAAUAAUAAUAAUAAUAAUAAUAAUAAUAAUAAUAAUAAUAAUAAUAAUAAUAAUAAUAAUAAUAAUAAUAAUAAUAAUAAUAAUAAUAAUAAUAAUAAUAAUAAUAAUAAUAAUAAUAAUAAUAAUAAUAAUAAUAAUAAUAAUAAUAAUAAUAAUAAUAAUAAUAAUAAUAAUAAUAAUAAUAAUAAUAAUAAUAAUAAUAAUAAUAAUAAUAAUAAUAAUAAUAAUAAUAAUAAUAAUAAUAAUAAUAAUAAUAAUAAUAAUAAUAAUAAUAAUAAUAAUAAUAAUAAUAAUAAUAAUAAUAAUAAUAAUAAUAAUAAUAAUAAUAAUAAUAAUAAUAAUAAUAAUAAUAAUAAUAAUAAUAAUAAUAAUAAUAAUAAUAAUAAUAAUAAUAAUAAUAAUAAUAAUAAUAAUAAUAAUAAUAAUAAUAAUAAUAAUAAUAAUAAUAAUAAUAAUAAUAAUAAUAAUAAUAAUAAUAAUAAUAAUAAUAAUAAUAAUAAUAAUAAUAAUAAUAAUAAUAAUAAUAAUAAUAAUAAUAAUAAUAAUAAUAAUAAUAAUAAUAAUAAUAAUAAUAAUAAUAAUAAUAAUAAUAAUAAUAAUAAUAAUAAUAAUAAUAAUAAUAAUAAUAAUAAUAAUAAUAAUAAUAAUAAUAAUAAUAAUAAUAAUAAUAAUAAUAAUAAUAAUAAUAAUAAUAAUAAUAAUAAUAAUAAUAAUAAUAAUAAUAAUAAUAAUAAUAAUAAUAAUAAUAAUAAUAAUAAUAAUAAUAAUAAUAAUAAUAAUAAUAAUAAUAAUAAUAAUAAUAAUAAUAAUAAUAAUAAUAAUAAUAAUAAUAAUAAUAAUAAUAAUAAUAAUAAUAAUAAUAAUAAUAAUAAUAAUAAUAAUAAUAAUAAUAAUAAUAAUAAUAAUAAUAAUAAUAAUAAUAAUAAUAAUAAUAAUAAUAAUAAUAAUAAUAAUAAUAAUAAUAAUAAUAAUAAUAAUAAUAAUAAUAAUAAUAAUAAUAAUAAUAAUAAUAAUAAUAAUAAUAAUAAUAAUAAUAAUAAUAAUAAUAAUAAUAAUAAUAAUAAUAAUAAUAAUAAUAAUAAUAAUAAUAAUAAUAAUAAUAAUAAUAAUAAUAAUAAUAAUAAUAAUAAUAAUAAUAAUAAUAAUAAUAAUAAUAAUAAUAAUAAUAAUAAUAAUAAUAAUAAUAAAUGCCCACGGUGCAUGUUGUGCGGCCAGCGGAGAUUUUGAUUACUCCGUGGCGCACCGUGGGCUAGA